GCAGAUGCCUGAAGCAUUCUGCACACUGAACAGCCCCUCUUCACCCCAUGGCUCCUUAAGCUCCCAAUCCAACACCUACAGUCCACCUCCUUGUCCUUGCCUCAUUCUCCAGGGCAAAGCCAAUGGCCUCAAAUGAAACCCUAAGGGAAUCCUAGACCUUCCAACCACCAGCUUUAAGGGGAACUACACUGCUUUCCCUCAUAGUGGUCAUGGACCAGAGGGUGAAGGAGGAUGAAUUGGUAUGGGUGGCCAUGGAAUCCCCUAACCAUAGAAGAAAGGGAAACACCCAUAGUGGCAGUAAUCAAGCCAUCUCAGGCUACCAAGUUCACAACAGGUGGGAUGAUGAGGGCAGCCCUGAGCACUGAUGGCGUGAUUCCUUCUCCCCUCCCCCAUGCUCCCCACCUCUCUCAUGUAACUGCCAAACCACAGUGGCAGGGGAGGGGGUAGGGAAUGGAAUGAAUAAGCCAUAAGACCAGUAGAGCCUUUCACCCAACAACACCAAGGUGAUAGUCUCAGCUCCCAACAAGGGACACUGAGACUAUCAGAAGGAAAUUAGAACAUAUACUCCAACCUUCAAGAAGGCAGCAAGUAGCACAGAGAGUGCCAAAGAAACUACUGCACUGCUGACGCAAGACACUCAUGAACCAACAACUGAUGGACUCGUCUCCAGAGGCGUUGACUCCUGGUAACAAAUCUGCCGUGCCACCAGCUAUGGAAGACCAGACCGAAGGAACAGCCUCACUGAAAAUGUCUAUUUUUAACUUAUCCAACUCCAUUAUGGGCAGUGGAAUUUUAGGACUUUCAUUUGCUCUAGCAAACACAGGAAUGAUACUAUUUUUGUUCCUUUUCAUUUUGGUAUCAGGCCUGACUAGUUAUUCAAUCUAUGUUUUGUUGUCAUGUGCAGAGAUGACAGGAUGUCUGAAUUUUGAAGAGAUGGGUGGGAAAGUCUAUGGCAAAAAAGGAAAGUAUGUCAUAUUUGGAACCACCUUUGUCCAGAACCUGGGAGCCAUGCUGAGCUACCUUUUUAUAAUAAAAAAUGAACUGCCCUGUGUCAUAAAAGUUCUUAUAGGAAAGCAAGAUGAAUUUUUAGCAUGGUAUGUGGAUGGUCGACUACUUGUUGUUUUAGUUACCUUUGUUAUUAUUUUUCCUCUCUGUCUCAUGAAGCACUUAGGGAUCCUUGGAUAUACCAGUGGAUUUUCCUUGUCUUGCAUGGUUUUCUUUCUCAUAGUGAUUAUCUAUGAGAAAUUUCACAUUCCUUGCCCCAUGGAAAAGACAGCAACAGUUUCUAAUGCAACAAUUGAGAAAAUGUGUACACCAAAAUACUUUGUACUCAACUUUAAGAGUGUUUAUGCUUUACCCACUAUUGCAUUUGCAUAUGUGUGCCAUCAAGCAGUCCUUCCAGUUUACAGAGAUCUUAAAGAUCGUUCAAUCAAAAAGAUGGAGAUUGUUUCUAAUGCCUCCAUUUUGUCCAUGUGCUUUAUGUAUCUCUUGACUGCAUAUUUUGGCUACCUGACAUUCUAUGGUGAGGUACAUUCAAGCCUGCUUCAUAAAUACCCAGAUGAUGAUAUUCUCAUUAUAAUAGUACGAUUGUCAGUAAUGAUGGCAGUCACCCUCACAGUUCCAGUAUUAUUUCUCACAUCUCGUGAAUCUCUGGCUGAGAUACUUAAGAGAGCAAGUUUCAAAUUAGGCGAACGUAUUGCAAUAGCUGUGAUAAUCUUAAGUUGUAUUAACCUUCUUGUAAUCUCUGUACCCAGCAUGAAAGACAUUUUUGGAGUCCUGGGGACAACAACUUCCAAUAUGUUGAUCUUCGUUAUUCCUACAACUCUGUUUUUAAAAAUCACAAGCCAUGAUAGUGACAAAAAAGGUCAAAGAUUUGGGGUUUAUUGUCUCUUGGGAUUAGGAAUCAUAUUCUCCUCCUUCAGCAUUCCUUUGGUCAUCUAUGAUUGGGUAACUUCUAUAACUCCAUCUGAAACAAACUGAGAGCACUCUAGAUUUGGAAAAUAAUAUAUUCUUGUUUGUUGCUUAUCCAACUUGCCUUCAAUCAAAUCUUCUACUUCAUUUCUUUGUUUGCCAGUUUACACAGAGAAAAGAAAAUUGUAAACAGUUGAGAAUGUAAAACCCAUUUGAAAUAUAGUUAUAUCCCUCUCUUGUUUGGGAUCACUUU